AUGGCUUUAAGCUCCCGAGCUCAUUCCUUCUCCGUGGAAGCCUUGGUGGGGAGAUCGACCAAGAGGAAACUCCGAGACCUGGGGGAUGAGCAACCACCGCAGGAUUUCCUGGAGGAAGGCAACGAAGAGGAGGAGGAGGAAGAGGAGGAAGGCAGAGACCUCCGGACCGUGAGGAAAGUCGAGGAAGCGGAAAAGAGACCCAAAGCAGAGACUUCAAUGGCUGCUUUCUCCGGGGGCCGGGAAAGUCCGGAAGAUAAAGAUAAUGUCCAGGCAGAGCUGCAAGGCUCCGAGCUGUGGCAGAGAUUCCACGAGAUCGGCACUGAGAUGAUCAUCACAAAAGCCGGCAGGCGCAUGUUCCCUUCUGUUCGCGUCAAAGUGAAGGGGCUGGACCCCGUGAAACAGUAUUACAUUGCCAUCGACGUGGUGCCGGUGGAUUCCAAAAGAUACAGAUAUGUCUACCACAGCUCCCAGUGGAUGGUGGCUGGGAACACGGACCACUCGUGCAUCACGCCCAGGCUCUACAUCCACCCAGAUUCCCCCUGCUCUGGAGAGACGUGGAUGAGGCAGAUCGUCAGCUUUGAUCGUGUCAAACUCACCAACAACGAGAUGGACGACAAGGGACAUAUUAUCCUGCAGUCUAUGCACAAGUACAAACCUCGGGUUCACGUCAUUGUGCAAGACAGUCGCUUUGACCUCGCCCAAAUCCAGUCCCUGCCCGCCGAAGGGGUCCAGACUUUCUCCUUCCCAGAAACCGAAUUCACCACGGUGACAGCGUACCAAAACCAACAGAUCACCAAGCUGAAAAUAGACCGAAAUCCCUUUGCCAAAGGAUUUCGAGAUCCUGGAAGAAACAGAGGCGUGUUGGACGGACUUUUAGAGACCUAUCCGUGGAGGCCACCGCUCAGCCUGGAGUUCAAGACCUUCGGGGCUGAGCCGCAAAACAAGCGGGAGAAAAAGGAAGAAACAAGUCAGUCCAUUUCUGGGUCCAAUUCGGCCCUGGAUGCCAAGCCCGG